CAGAGGGAAAGCACUUUGCACCACAGACAGAGACAGAGAGAGGAGAGGGAGGCACAGGCACAUAGAGGAACAGAAAGUUUGUGUACAGAGACUUAAAAAAAAAAGUAGCGCUGCACCUGGCAGCUCUGAUGACACCGAAAUCUUAGUGCUUAAACAGCCAAGAGACAAUAGGACAGGAGAGGAAACUGAACAAUCUCUGAUAAAUUUUGCAAUUGCAGGGAAGUAGAAGCACAACUGCCUGUCUUUUUAACGGACUCAGAAGGGCUCUUGGAGAAGGGAAACGUUUUAGUUAACGUCUUGGUCUCUGAAAAAGAAAAAGCAGCUCCGAGCCGAAUGAAUUUCAUGCUGAGUUAUGCUUUUGACCAGCUUGAGUAUAUUUAAUCAUUUCUGCUGCCGUUGAGAGAAAGAGGCGGGAGGUGGAGGGAGCUGAUGAGUUUUUUAAAAAAUGCCUUUUAUUUUAUUGUAUCUUAUUUUUAAAUGAGUGUUCAGGGCAAAAAAGGGAGCUAAAGGGAGCCGGUUGGAGAGCAGCAGCAGGGAAGAUGGGUCUGUUAAGCGUGGAUUUGCUGAUCACGCUUCAGAUCUUGCCGGUUUUUUUCUCCAAUUGCCUCUUUCUUGCACUCUACGACUCUGUGAUCCUCCUGAAGCACAUGGUGCUGCUCCUGAGUCGGUCGAAAGCGGCGCGUGGCGAGUGGCGAAGAAUGCUGACCUCGGAGGGGCUGCGCUGCGUCUGGAACAGCUUUCUCCUGGACGCCUACAAGCAGGUGAAAUUGGGUGGAGAAGCCCCAAACUCCAAUGUAAUCCAUGUAGCUAAUGGCAGCGGCGGCAGCAAUAGCAGGAAGAAAAGUGUUGGUGGGAAAUAUGGAACCAAGUGCCACCUUCUGGACUUUGCCAAUUCAGAGCGCCCACUGGUGGUAAACUUUGGUUCGGCCACCUGACCCCCAUUCACGAGCCAGCUGUCGGCCUUCAGCAAGCUGGUGGAGGAGUUCUCAGGUGUGGCCGACUUCCUGUUGGUCUACAUCGAUGAAGCUCACCCAUCGGAUGGCUGGGCCGCCCCUGGAAUCUCUUCUUUUUCAUUCGAGGUGAGGAAGCACAGGAACCAGGAAGACCGAUGUGCAGCCGCUCAGCAGCUCCUGGAGCGGUUUUCCUUGCCAUCCCAGUGCCAAGUGGUGGCUGAUUGCAUGGACAACAAUGCCAAUGUGGCCUAUGGGGUCUCCUUUGAGCGAGUAUGCAUCGUGCAGAGACAGAAAAUUGCCUACCUAGGGGGCAAGGGCCCCUUUUUCUACAACCUCCAAGAAGUCCGGCUUUGGCUGGAGCAAAACUUCAGCAAGAGAUGAAAUCCAGCCUAAGCUUAGCUAAGUAUGUCAAGAGCCUUGUCCCUUUGGAGUGAUAUAAAAGGGAAAAAAAACACACACUCUUUUCCAAUAGGCUCUUCUGGGCCUGUUGCAAGAGAACAGAUUCAAUAAUAAGGUCAAAUAAAUUUAAGCCAGAAAAAAAAAACACCCCAACAACAAUACCACAUAAAAGAGAAUUGUGUGAAACAAUGCUACUUCUGCCUUAACAGGAUAGAAAAAGCCACUGUGAAAAGUGCUGCUGCUGCGCAUGAAAGGUGAUGAGAUGAGAUUUCUUUCCAUCCCUUUAACAACAUGUUGGCUUUAGGAUGAGAAGAAAGCAUUGCUUCCUGGAAGGCAAUUCUCUGGAGAGGUGACCUCAUGUAUUUGAUCAGGGACAUCUCAUUUUCCAUUGAGGCUUAUGUAGGCAACUUGCCAGCAGCCUGAGGUCUGCAAUUAAUUUGCAUAAAAUGAAAUGGAUUAUGGCUGCCUUCCUACAUUGAUAUAAAGGUAUGACCCACCAGAAACUACAAGAUCCACCAUGCAAUGCAAACUGGCUGCGGAGAUCAAGAUGAAACAUUGUAUGUGAGAUGUGGGUCUUUGUACUCUCUGAAGGCAGCCUCUCUGUAUAGUGUGUGUGUCUGUCUAACACACACACUUAGGCCUCUAUAUGUUCACAAUUAAAUUGGCAGCAUAUCACACCUUAGAACUCCAUAGGUGCAUUUGGCUCUCAGGCGUGUAUGGGUGGGUGUGUGGGUGUGUGUGUGUGGGUGUGAGUGUGUGUGUGUGAGAGAGCGAGAGCGAGCGCGAGCCUGGGGGGCAAAGAUACAGAGGAAAGAGGCUGCAUGAUCCUAACUGCGAGUGAGGGAGAAAUAAACUGAGAUUGUGUAAUAAAACUAUAACUUUGAAAAUUCAGAAAGUAGGAUCAUUUGUCCUCCCCACACACAGAUAUACACAUACAUAGCUUAUGUCCAGGGCAAGAGAGAAGAGUUCAGCUGAUGCCAGCCAGCCUUCAAUAUGUGGAACCGAAAAGAUUUAUUUUAUCAGUGUUGUUUUUUUCUUUCUU